GGAGCCGGGGCCGGCCGUGCUCGGCGGCGGAAGGGUUAAACCGGGGAAGCUCCGCAGCAGCUCCGGGGCGGCCCCCGGCCCCCCCUUGCCCGUGGCCCGGCCAUGCCCGCCCGGCUCCCGCCGCUGCCAAGUCGCGCUGCGCUUUCUCCGGGGCCGGGCGGCGGCGGCCGGCCCUGAGCGCUCGGCUCCCGGCGGCUCCCAGGCCCGGGCCCGGCCCGGCGCUGCCCUCAGCGAGUUCCUUUCUGCUCUUAGACAAGCCCAGAGUGCUGCCUGACAGGAGCCAGAGAUGACCAAGGAAGAAGAUCUACCAGACUGGAACUCAUCCAAGGAGUUUUAUGAAAAAUAUGAGCCAAAGGAGGUUUUGGGCAGGGGGGUGAGCAGCGUGGUCCGGCGGUGCAUCCACAAAACCACGAGGCAGGAAUAUGCUGUGAAGAUCAUCGACAUCACGGCGGGGAACAUCUCCCCCAAGGAGGUGCAGGAGCUGCGCGAAGCCACCACCAAGGAGAUCGACAUCCUCCGCAAGGUCUCGGGCCACCCCAACGUCAUCCAGCUGAAGGACAGCUAUGAAUCCAGCACCUUCUUCUUCUUGGUGUUUGACCUGAUGAAGAGAGGGGAGCUCUUUGACUACCUCACUGAGAAAGUCACCUUGAGUGAGAAAGAAACCAGGAAGAUCAUGCGAGCGCUGCUGGAAGUGAUCCAGUACCUGCACUCCAUCAACAUCGUCCACCGGGACCUGAAGCCGGAGAACAUCCUGCUGGAUGAUGACAUGAACAUCAAGCUGACAGAUUUUGGCUUCUCCUGCCAGCUGAAUGAGAAUGAGAAGCUCAAAGAGAUCUGUGGCACUCCUGGCUACCUGGCCCCUGAGAUCCUGCAGUGCUCCAUGGAUGAUGAGCACCAAGGCUACGGGAAGGAGGUGGAUAUGUGGAGCACGGGGGUGAUCAUGUACACCCUGCUGGCCGGCUCGCCGCCCUUCUGGCACCGCAAGCAGAUGCUGAUGCUGCGCAUGAUCAUGAACGGCGAUUACCACUUCGGCUCCCCGGAGUGGGAUGACCGCUCCGACACCGUCAAGGACCUGAUCUCGCGGUUCCUGGUGGUGGACCCGCGGCAGCGGUACACGGCGGGCGAGGCGCUGGCACACCCCUUCUUCCAGCAGUACGACGUGGAGGAGGUCCGGCACUUCAGCCCCUUCCGCAAAUUCAAGGUGAUCUGCCUGACCGUGCUGGCCUCGGUGAGGAUUUACUACCAGUACAGGCAGGUGAAGUCAGUGACCAGGGAGUUGGUGGUCAGGGACCCCUACGCCCUCAAGCCCGUCCGCAAGCUCAUCGAUGCCUGUGCCUUCCGCACCUACCGCCACUGGGUGAAGAAGGGGGAGGCCCAGAACAGAGCUGCCCUCUUUGAGAACACCUGCAAGGCCAUCCUGCUCACCCUGGCCACCGAGGAGGGGCUCUUCUAAUCCCUGCCCCAGCCCCUGGUUUGGCUCACAGUGAGGCGAGUAAAAUCUUGGAAAACAAAAUGGUGAUUUCUGGGGUUUUAAAAUUUUCUUUCACUUGGCUCAGGACUGGUGCAAAUACAAACCCAGGAAAUAAUUUGCUCUUGGGGUGUGUCUCACUGGAGGAAUGGGUUUGGAAAAGCCACCUUUAACAGAGCCAGAACCAGCUGCAGCUCCCCAUGGGGAAGGCUCAGCCCUCAGGCACCUGCAGUGCCUGUUUUGGGACAGCUGGAGGUGGAUGAGGGAUCUCUGAGCAGUGUUCUUGCCCACCCUUGUGGUCAAGGCUCCUGGUCAGGUUUGGUGCAGAGCUCAGAGAGUUUGUGCUUGUUACAUCUCCUGGGAGAGGUAGGGCACUGGUUUGUCACACACAUCUGUCACACACAUCAUUUUGUCACUGCUCAAAUGCCAGUCAAGGUGCCUUGUUUUGCUUCUGGGAAGGCCCAGCACUGCUCCAAAGCUGUGAUUUCCCAAGGGAAUGGGGACUGAUUAUGUGCCCCCAUCACUUCCCCCCUGGCAGCCCCACCCUGAUGGGCACAGGGGGCUCUGGGUGUGCCCUCACUGGGGCUGGAGGUCAGAGCAGCUCUGGCCCAGUCCCACACAUGCAUCCCUCUGCUUUACAUGGACAACAACAGGAGAGCCAGAGCAUCUCCCACACCAAAAGGACACUAAAGACAAACCCCCCUUCCUGCCUUCCCAAUCACUAAUCCCACCCAGACAUGCCAGCACUGAAAAGGCUGAAAUUAUUUUUAAUUUUAGAAACAAUUGGGGUUUAAUGGAAGUGACAGCUGGGGGUUACUGUUCAUCUCCACAGGAGAAAAUGCCUCAGGUGUUCCCAGGGAGCCCUCAGAGCUCAGAUUUGCUCUGGCUUUUCCAGGCUGGCACGGGUGGGACGUUGGCAGCGCAGCGGAAGCUGAGGUUGUCAGAGGCAGAGUCUGGUGUGUUCCCCAUCCUCACAGGGCAAGAGAGACCCAAAAUUAGGGAUCCUGCCUUGUUACACAUAUCCCUGAUAUGUUACAACACUUACAACCCUAAUGUGAUCUGCUAGAACAGCCUAGAAACAUCUUCCAAUUCCCCUGAGUAACUUAGGGAAAAACAUUUCAUUAUUAAUACCUGCUGGAAAACAUGAUUUGAGAAGCAUUUAGGAAUGGAUUUAUAGCAGGGGUAGUUUUAGCCAUAUUUCUAGUGUGCUCUGCCAAAUGCUUCUCAAAAAAUCAUGUAGGAAUAAAAAAAAAACAUCUUUUAAAAUAAAACCAACCCAGAGAAAAUCCUUGUGCAGC